UAGUAGGCGAGCUCCCAUAUGAAACUAGCUAAAUGGCAAUUAUGGUGAUUGUGUGCGGUUCAUCUUCGUCAACCCAACAUUGUUAGCUCUCCUACCUCCCAACCACACGCCUUAAAUGUAUCGCCCGUAAUAUAGGCCCAAACCCAUCUCUUCUUCCUCAUUGCCACCGCUACUUCUACUUCGUUUUUGUGCAUCUCGUUCAAAAUUCCCAGUUCUACCUUUGGUUCUCUCAGUUUCUGCUGUUAGCUCUGAAUCUUGAGCUGAGUCCUUAUCAGUUUAAAGGGUUUGUUUUGUUUUUCAUUUGGUGAAUUGGGUUUCUCUCAUUUCAUCUCCAAAAUGAUGGUCACUGUAGUUUCACGCAGUGGCAGAGAGCUCGUCAAAGGAGGCAUUAAGCUCAAUGAUUCGGCGACUGUGGCUGAUCUGCAGGAGGCAAUAUAUAAGCGAACCAAAAAAUUCUACCCUUCAAGACAGCGGCUGACCCUGCCUCUUCCACCGGGAUCAAAGGGCAGGCCUGUUGUCCUUAAUUACAAGAAGAGUCUUAAGGAUUACUGUGAUGGGAAUUCAGACAACAUAACCAUAGUUUUCAAGGACCUAGGUCCACAAGUUUCUUACCGCACACUUUUUUUCUGGGAAUACCUGGGUCCUUUGAUCCUAUAUCCUGUCUUUUACUUCUUCCCUGUGUACCAGUACUUUGGCUACAAGGGGGAACGAGUCAUCCACCCAGUUCAGACAUAUGCUUUAUACUAUUGGUGUUUCCACUACUUCAAACGUAUUAUGGAGACAUUUUUUGUGCACCGAUUUAGUCAUGCAACUUCGCCUCUGUCCAAUGUUUUCCGAAAUUGUGCUUAUUAUUGGACCUUUGGUUCCUACAUUGCCUACUAUGUGAACCACCCACUUUAUACUCCUGUUAGUGAUCUUCAAAUGAAGAUUGGUUUUGGCUUUGGUUUGAUUUGUCAAGUUGCAAACUUUUAUUGCCACAUCUUGCUGAGAAAUCUUCGCACUCCAGAUGGGAGUGGAGGUUACCAAAUCCCACGUGGUUUUCUCUUCAAUAUUGUGACAUGUGCAAAUUACACAACAGAGAUUUAUCAGUGGUUGGGUUUCAACAUUGCAACACAGACUGUUGCAGGCUAUGUCUUUUUAGUGGUUGCUGCUAUGAUCAUGACUGAUUGGGCCCUUGGAAAGCACCGGCGAUUGAAGAAGCUAUUUGAUGGAAAGGAUGGAAGACCUAAAUAUCCUCGCAGAUGGAUUAUUCUGCCACCAUUCCUGUAGACAUGAUCAGCUAUUCCACUUCUUACUCGCUGCUUCGGCUCUCAGAUGUCAAGUGGAGCACACUCUUUCACCAAAUUGGUUGAAGAUCUUAAUCUCUUUUAUUUAGACACCAAAUUACUGGAAACUAGAGAUAAUCUUCCCAAAUUGUUUUUUUUUUAUUCUAUUUUGUUUUAUUUUAUUAAAACUUUCUUCAUUCUGUUAAAGUACUUGGGGAGUUCAAUAAAUCUUGCUGGUUUGUUAAUUUAUUAA